CUUCAAAUUGAAUUCAACCAAACAAACACCAGUAGUAGGCUAAUAGGCAGCACAGUUUGCCAUAGCGCAGUUUUUCUCUGUAAUUUCUUCAAUGAUUUCUUCUUCAGUUUCAAAGCUCUGUUUUCACUUAAUUUCUUCUGCAUUUCAAAGAUGCCGUCUAUCUGAAGAUAUUUGCAGACUAUCUGUUAUUCUCAAAUCUUCUCCAGCUUCUGAUGCUCCCAUCAUUCGGAUUUCAAUUUCUGAUACUGGUACAGGUUGCAGUUUGGAAGAGUUUCAGAACCUGAGGUACAUCAGGGAAGACAUUGCCGUGGAGAAGUGGGAUGGGUUGCUCUCUGUCACAACUACCAGCUUUUGUGAUAAUGAGGUUCAUCGUUAUCUUUUAAAUUUAAGAGAAACCAUUUCUGGAAGAAGAAUGACUCGGCUACCUUCAAAUCCAAAGAAUGGCGUAAAAUUCAGCGGAACUGAGAUAUGUCUGUCUGUUUCUGAGAGCAUUGAUGUUUUAAUUGCGGACAUCAAUGAUUUCUUUCGAAAGAUUCUCAUUUUAAAGAUCCCCAAUGUUGCAAUUGAACUGGUGGUUGGAUGUGAGGAUAUCCCUGGAUCACAAUGUGAAAAUAUCUUUCUGGCAAAUGACACCAAUCCCUUACCUUUUUCAACUUCAAGCAUUGAGCGUCUGAAAUCAGGCCUUGAAGAUUAUAUUUUAAAGCAUGGACAUAGAUCAACACAAAAUUGCAAGUCAUGCUUCUCAACUUGGGACAAUCUCAAGGUUGGGAGUGGAACCGCAUGCACCCUAGAAAGCCAUAAGAGUUCUAGAUCUGGGCUGAUGGUGGAAGUGGUAAUUAUAUUAAGCGAGUUAGAUCCAACUUGUCCUUUAUUUAAGGAAUGCUUCUCGACAACAGAGGUAUUAUACUUCGAAGAUUACAAACCUUGCCCAAUUUCGGAAUCAAUCCUAAAUGCAUUGACAAGCAUUGACUGGAAAAUUUAUGGUUUGGCUGGGGGGAACAUUGUGGAUCGAGAAGGUGACUUGCUAGGAUGGGAGAACUUACCCCCUCAUACUCGUUUAACUAUGGUCCUCCACAGCUACCACAAGCAGAACACAAUACCCCCAGCAAGGCCUAGGACUCAAACAGAUCGUUGUCUAAUUAAAAGAGCAAUUAAACAUGCAAUGGAUGAUUUGAAGGAGAAACAUGCUGGAAUUCUGCUAAGUGCAAAUGCCCUCAAGAUUCGCAGUUACGCCCCUGACCUUGCAAGAUCUAUUGCGGGCCUCAUCUUGUCAUCUAACGAUUCAGACUUCCAAGAAGAAUGCUUUACUCUUCUUGGUUUGCAGUACAGAGAAAUUGGAGGGGAAACCGUUGAAGAAAGUAUAAAGGAGAAGAUCAUUUCUGUUAUAGAUAUGAACGAUAGAAAGUCCCAGACAAGCAAAGAAGUGGAAAUGGCUCCUGCACCUCUUCUUUUUGAAGACGAUCGCUGCUGGAAUUCAAUUUUUCAAGACGAGGAAUGCGAAGGUGAGAAUGAAUUUAGUCUCUUGGAUUAGCAAUUAUGUCAUUUGCUUUGAAUAUUUUUAUCAAGGACAGAGACACCUAACAAUUAAAAUUUCAAUUAGCAUAUAUUGAAGAUUUUUCUGAGAUCAG